UUCGCCCCUCUUUUUCGCCGCUGACUUUCCCAUUCCUUCCCGACACCCAAACCCCUAAACCCUUCUUCCCGUAGAUAGAUGGAGGCAAAAUAAAACAGUUGAGAUAAAGAGGGAGAUUCUAAUCACGAUCCAAAUCCAAGGAGAAGAAAAGGAAUAAGUGUUCCAAUUCGGAACUCUGAGAGAGAAUUAGAGGAGGUGGUUUUUGUUCCGACGGCGGCGAUGGCGGGGCAGCGGGGGAGGGUGACGGCGGAGAUGAGGGCGACGUUGGGGGAGAUGGCGAAGAAGCUGACGCUGUGGCACACGCCGACGUUCCGGCCGAUAUUCACACACGACGAGCUGGAGCCGAUCAUGGUGGCCGCGGGGUUCGCGCCGCUGCCGGUGAAGGAGGCGCCGCCGCCGCUUUCGGGAGGAGGGGGGACGACGGCGGCGGCGUGGAGGGAGUACGCGUACCGGGCGGCGGCGGCGGCGGCGCCGGAAGAGAUGAUGCCGCGGCCGCGGCUCCCGUACCCGAGGAUCGACGGGCUGCACCUGAUGGCGUACAAGGCCUUCCUCGUCGCCGUCGAGUUCUACAUCGGCGUCCACCACGUCUCCAAUCUCUUCCACGUCAGGACCAUGUCUCUUACCAAGGCGCAGGACCGAGCGGUUGAUAGAACCUACCGUCCCAUGAGAGAAUGCGAGAUGGAAGAGGAAGGGAUAUUUGUGUAUCGUGAUGGCACGUUGGAUGACUUCACGAAGAUGAUCUGCAACAAGGAUGAAGAAGAUGGAAGUAUCAGCAAUAAGAGCAGUGCAAAAAUGCCUCAAGAAAACCGGUGGCGAUGACAAUAGCAACAGCCCUGCCAACUUAAUCUAUUUUGUUGAAUGGAAAGACCUUUUACCAAAUACUGGCUUAAGUUGAUUCUUUUUUCAAGGAUUUCAUUGGCAAUUCAGAUUCAGCCAACUGAACUGCCGGUUCAGCUUUUUAGGUUAUUUUCCUAUAGGUCUUCUUGCUAAAUUCUGAUUUUUUUUUUUCUGAAAUUUUUUAAUGUAUUCAUUGGUAUGUAGAUUUUUGCGUGGAUUAGUUUUGAGAGAGUUAGAAAAUUAAAUUA